GGAGCCCGGAGGCCGGAGCCCGGAGCCCGGAGGCCGGGGCCGCCUCCCUGGCAACGGGCUGAGCAGGAAACAACAUCCGGCCGCCUCUGUCAGCGUCAGCGGUGGCGUCUGGCCGGAGAAAAGCUCUGUCUUGGCUGAAAUGGACACAGGAGACCCGCGCUUUCUGAAAAGGAGAGUGAGGGGCUGCUCUCUGGACGUCCACCCCACUGAGAAAGCCCUUGUGGUGCAGUAUGAGGUGGAGGCCACCGUCCUGGGGGCGCUGGGGGACCCCAUGGUUGGUGAACGCAAGGAGUGUCAGAAAAUAAUUCGCUUGAAAAGCUUGAAUCCGAACACAGACACAGCGUUGUUGGCUCAGAAGGUGGUGGAGGAAUGUCGGCUGAUUCACCCAUCAAAACUUCAAGAGGUGGAGCAGCUGCUCUUUUAUCUGCAAAACCGCAAACAGUCAAAUGACAACCAAGGCAAGAAAUGCAUCGCAUCUCGAGACUUCAAACCUUACCAGGGACUGGAGCUGGAAGAGGAGGCAAGCAUUACCAACAUAGAGGAGUAUGUGGAGCUACUGUAUGAGGACAUCCAGGAGAAGAUCAGAGGAGCCACGCUCAUCCUCCAGCUGGCUCGUAACCCAGACAACCUGGAGGAGCUCAUUCAGAACCAAACGGUCCUUGGAGCCCUGGCAAGAGUUCUAAGGGAGGAAUGGAAGCAGAGCGUGGACCUGGCAACAACCAUUGUUUAUGUUUUCUUCUGCUUCUCUAGUUUCUCCCAGUUCCAUGUUUUGGUCACACAUUUCAAGAUUGGGGCCCUGUGUAUGAAUAUCAUUGAGCAUGAGCUUAAGAGGUAUGACCUCUGGCAAGACGAGCUGCAGAAGAAGAAGAAGGCCUGCUCCUCUGAGAACCAGAAUCUGAAGAAAGAACACGAGAGGUCUUUCAGAAAAUACCAGAGCCUUCUGAUUAAGCAGGAGCAGCUUCUCAGAGUUUCUCUGUGCCUGCUGCUGAACCUGGCUGAGGACACUCGCACAGAGCUGAAAAUGAGGAACAAAGACAUCGUCCACAUGCUGGUGAAGAUUCUCGACAGGGAGGACAAAGAGCUGCUCCUCGUAGUUGUCUCCUUCCUCAAGAAGCUCUCAAUCUUUCUGGAGAACAAGAACGACAUGGCUGAAGCGUUUGCUGUUGGGAAGUUGGCCCAGCUGGUUCCAUGUGAGCACCAUGAGCUCCUGAGCACCACCUUACGCCUCCUGCUCAAUCUGUCCUUCGAUACGUCACUGCGCAGCCAGAUGGUCCAGGCUGGUCUAAUUCCCCAGCUCUCAUCUCUGCUAGCUGACGAGGGCCAGAGACAGCUCAGCAUGUGCAUUCUGUACCACAUCAGCAUGGACGACAGAUUCAAGUCCAUGUUUGCCGACACAGACUGCAUACCGCAGCUGAUGAAGAUGCUGUUUGAUUGUGGAGAGGAGAAGAUCGACGUGGAGCUCAUCUCGCUGUGCAUCAACCUGGCUGCUAACCAGAGCAACGCCCAGGUCAUCUGUGAAGGUGCUGGUUUAAAGAUGCUGAUGAAACGUGCCAUUAAACUGAAGGAUGUUCUGGUGAUGAAGAUAAUCAGGAACCUUUCUCAGCAUAAUGGACCCACAAAGAGUCUUUUCCUAGACCAUGUUGGGGACCUGGCAGCUCAGAUCAGUGAGGGGGAGGCUGAGGAGUUUGUGAUCGAGUGUCUGGGCACGUUGUCCAACCUGACCAUCGCUGAUCUGGACUGGGCGCUGCUGCUGACGGAGUAUCACCUGGUGCCGUACCUGAAGGACAGACUCAAAGCAGGUUCAGCUGAGGAUGACCUCAUUUUGGAGGUGGUGAUCAUGAUCGGCACCGUGUCCAUGGAUGACCCGUGUGCAGCCUUGCUGGCCAAGUCUGGCAUCAUUCCCGCUCUCAUCCAGUUACUUAAUGCCAAGCAGGAGGACGAUGAAUUUGUGUGUCAGAUUGUCUACGUCUUCUACCAGAUGGUUUUCCACAAAGCGACAAGAGACGUUAUCAUCAAAGACACGCAGGCUCCUGCGUACCUCAUUGACCUGAUGCACGAUAACAAUGCGGAGAUACGCAGAGUUUGUGACAACACGCUGGACAUCAUCGCUGAACACGAUGACGACUGGGGGAAAAAGAUCCAAACGGAGAAGUUUCGCUGGUUCAACGCUCAGUGGCUGGAGAUGGUGGAGCAUCGUCAGAUGGACGAUGUGGGGGAGCCCUUCCUGUAUGACGAGGAUGGGGAGUACAUCAUUGGGAGCACAGACAUCCUGGAGAGGCCCCACCUGUUCUACAGCGCAGACGGGAUCAUCUCGGCAGAUCCUGCCUUCAAUCCUGAGUUCUACAUGGACAUUCAGAGCGGGGAGCUGGAACCGUGUGGAUACAUGCGGAGUGCAGACCAGAUUCCAGCGGAGCGGCCCAUCAGUGUCUACGGUCUCCACUCAGACCAACACCUGUUCUACAACUACACCACUGCCUCUCGGUGAACCUGCAGCAGUAGCGUCACUGACAUCCUGUCUGUCAGCCGAGCGUUUCUUUGAAAAUGUCUUGCUUUACCCACAGACAGACAUUACAGUAGGUGGGUUAUUGAGGCUACUGAGUUUAGUCACUGUUUACUUCUAUUUUUGUUUUGUUGGUGCCUUUUGUUUGUGGUGUGUGUAAAUUAAAAUGGAAAUCACCAGACACGUCUUCAAAUAGAGACACUUGAUUAUUCUACAGUUAAGCGCUACAACAACCUAGAGCCGUGGAAAAGGAAUGUGUCCUGUGGUAAGCACAGAUUAUAUCUAUUUCAAGGUGAGCAGACUUACAUGUAUUGGUUUUUGUCUUUCUAAGUCAAACACUUUAAAGGCACUGAAUUAAGACGUCAUUGAUCUUUUUGAUAAAUGUCAUUUAAGGUGAAACGUUGUCCUGUUUGUAAAGAUGAAUAAAUAUUAGAGUAUCUGCUACUUUUUUGUCUGGCGCUUCGCUGUCCUGCCAUUUGCUGCUCCACUAUAUGAAGCAAGCAGGACUUAAGCUGUAGUAUCUAAUCAGUCGCAGAUGUCAGACUGUUUACAGGGUUUGAUAUUUCUCCGUGCUGUGCGUCUGCUCCUGCUUAAACAUAAAUAAAUAAUGAAAGCAUC